AUGGAGGAGGAGGCGUCGCGGCACAGCGUAGCGCUGGUGCUGGAUUUUGGCUCCCAGUACACGCAUCUCAUCACGCGCCGCAUCCGGCAGCUCGGCGUCUGCUCCUUCUGCCUCUCCGCCGCCGAGGCAUCGCUCGACGCCGUCGCCAAGCUCGCGCCGUCGCUCAUCCUCCUCUCCGGCGGCCCCCAUUCCGUCUACGAGCCCGGCGCCCCCAGCGUCCCUCCCGGAUUCUUCGAUUACGUCCGCGAUCGCGGCGUCCCAGUGGUGGGCAUUUGCUAUGGGCUGCAGCUCAUCGUUGCGCAGAUGGGCGGCAGUGUCGAGCCGGCCGCCAAUCGCGAGUAUGGGAGCAUGGAUGUCGUGCCAGUGGCGGGAUCGGUGUUGUAUGGCGACGACGAUUCUACGCAGUCUGUGUGGAUGAGCCAUGGGGACGAAGUUGUGGAAAUGCCGCGCGGAUUUGUCGUUGUGGCGAGGAGUGUUCAAGGCAGCAUUGCGGCGAUCGAGAAUCCAGACUUGGGAAUCUAUGCAUUGCAAUAUCAUCCAGAGGUUAGUCAUUCGCCUAAAGGCAUUGACACACUAAAGCGCUUGUUGUUCGAAGUUGGCGGCCUUACAGACGAUUGGAAGGUGCAAGACGUUUUGCAAGAGCAGAUUGAUCUGAUCGCAACUACAGUCGGACCUGACGAUCAUGCCAUUUGUGCGCUGUCUGGAGGAGUCGAUUCCACCGUUGCGGCAACCAUCGUUCACAAAGUUAUGGGCGAUCGUCUACACUGCGUCUUCGUUGAUAAUGGACUCUUGAGGUACAAGGAGCGAGAGCGCGUCAUGGAAACUUUCAAGCGUGACUUGCACCUCCCGGUUGUCUGCGUGGAUGCGGGCUCCCAGUUCCUGGCGAAGCUCGAGGGAGUUGUGGAUCCAGAGCGCAAGCGGAAGAUAAUCGGCGCGGAGUUCAUUGCCGUCUUUGAUGAGUUCUCCAGAAAGCUCGAACAAGAGCUUGGCAAGAAGCCCAAGUACCUGGUGCAAGGGACGCUCUAUCCCGACGUGAUCGAGUCGUGUCCUCCUCCUGGAGUCGUGGGACACUCUCACACUAUCAAAAGCCACCACAACGUUGGGGGACUUCCACCAUCGAUGAAACUUUUGCUCUUGGAACCUUUGAAGUGGCUUUUCAAGGACGAGGUAAGAAAGCUCGGAAAACUUCUUGGCAUUCCCGAAGGAUUUCUCAAAAGGCAUCCAUUUCCUGGUCCCGGUUUGGCUGUUCGUGUGAUCGGUGGCGACGUUACUGAGGAAAACCUUGAAACUUUGAGAUUGGUGGACGAGGUUUUCACAGCUUCGAUCAAAGAGGCUGGUCUCUACGACGAGAUGUGGCAAGCUUUCGCUGGCAUUCUCCCCGUCAAGACUGUGGGAGUCCAAGGAGACAAAAGGACUCACUCCGGCAGCGUUGUUCUUCGUGCGGUCACCAGCGAAGAUGGCAUGACUGCCGAGAGGUAUACAUUCAAAAGGGAGUUUCUCGACCAGGUGACGAGAGAAAUCUGUAAUACGGUGGUGGACGUGAACAGGGUCUUUUAUGACUUGACUUCGAAGCCCCCCGCAACGAUAGAGUGGGAGUGAAUUGCUCGAAUUUGAUUUGUUUUACUACACUGACUUUUGCUGACAACUCAAAGGCAACG